AUGGACAAAGACGCAGGAGAUUACCUUUGUGUAGCUCGACAUAAGGUUGGUGACCACUGUGGUGCUCAAGGUGAAUGUGGUGAUGAAACCAGCCAAGAUUGAGCACAAAGAGGAGAACCACCACGAAGUCUUCUGUGGGGGUGACCUGAAAGUGGACUGUGUGGCCACCGGGCUUCCCAAUCCUGAGAUUUCCUGGAGCCUCCGGGAUGGGAGUCUGGUGAACUCUUUCAUGCAGUCAGAUGACAGCGGUGGACGCACCAAGCGCUAUGUGGUCUUCAACAAUGGGACGCUCUACUUUAAGGAAGUGGGGAUGAGGGAGGAAGGAGACUACACCUGCUUUGCCGAAAAUCAGGUAGGGAAGGACGAGAUGAGAGUCAGAGUCAAGGUGGUGACAGCGCCCGCCACCAUCCGGAACAAGACUUACUUGGCAGUUCAGGUGCCCUAUGGAGACGUGGCCACUGUAGCCUGUGAGGCCAAAGGAGAACCCACGCCCAAGGUGACUUGGUUGUCCCCAACCAACCGGGUGAUCCCUACCUCCUCUGAGAAGUAUCAGAUAUACCAAGAUGGCACUCUCUUUAUUCAGAAAGCCCAGCGCUCUGACAGCGGCAACUACACCUGCCUGGUCAGGAACAGCGCCGGAGAGGAUAGGAAGACGGUGUGGAUUCACGUCAAAGUCCAGCCACCCAAGAUCAACGGUAGCCCCAACCGCAUCACCACUGUGCGGGAGAUCGCAGCCGGGGGCAGUCGGAAACUGAUUGACUGCAGAGCUGAAGGCAUCCCCACCCCGAGGGUGUUAUGGGCUUUUCCCGAGGGUGUGGUUCUGCCAGCUCCGUACUAUGGAAACCGGGUCACUGUCCAUGGCAACGGUUCCCUAGACAUCAGGAGUCUGAGGAAGAGCGACUCCGUCCAGCUAGUAUGCAUGGCGCGCAACGAGGGAGGGGAGGCCAGGUUGAUCGUGCAGCUCACUGUCCUGGAGCCCAUGGAGAAACCCAUCUUCCACGACCCCAUCAGCGAGAAGAUCACGGCCAUGGCGGGCCACACCAUCAGCCUCAACUGCUCUGCCGCGGGGAGCCCAACACCCAGCCUGGUGUGGGUCCUUCCCAAUGGCACCGAUCUGCAGAGUGGACAGCAGCUGCAGCGCUUCUACCACAAGGCUGACGGCAUGCUCCACAUCAGCGGUCUCUCCUCGGUGGAUGCCGGGGCCUACCGCUGCGUGGCCCGCAAUGCCGCUGGCCACACGGAGAGGCUGGUCUCCCUGAAGGUGGGGCUGAAACCAGAAGCAAACAAGCAGUAUCACAACCUGGUCAGCAUCAUCAACGGUGAGACCCUGAAGCUCCCCUGCACCCCUCCUGGGGCCGGGCAGGGACGUUUCUCCUGGACGCUCCCCAACGGCAUGCAUCUGGAGGGCCCCCAAGCCCUGGGACGCAUUUCCCUUCUGGACAAUGGCACCCUCGCGGUUCGUGAGGCCUCGGUGUUUGACAGGGGUACCUAUGUAUGCAGGAUGGAGACGGAGGACGGCCCUUCGGUCACCAGCAUCCCCGUGAUUGUGAUCGCCUAUCCUCCCCGGAUCACCAGCGAGCCCACCCCCGUCAUCUACACCCGGCCCGGGAACACCGUGAAACUGAACUGCAUGGCUAUGGGGAUUCCCAAAGCUGACAUCACGUGGGAGUUGCCGGAUAAGUCGCAUCUGAAGGCAGGGGUUCAGGCUCGUCUGUAUGGAAACAGAUUUCUUCACCCCCAGGGAUCACUGACCAUCCAGCAUGCCACACAGAGAGACGCCGGCUUCUACAAGUGCAUGGCAAAAAACAUUCUCGGCAGUGACUCCAAAACAACUUACAUCCAUGUCUUCUGAAAUGUGGAUUCCAGAAUGAUUGCUUAGGAACUGACAACAAAGCGCGGUUUGUAGGGGAAGUCAGGCUGGGGAAUCGGAGCUCUUAAAUAAUGUGUCAUAGUGCAUGGGGGCUCCCCGUGGGUUUCAAGUUGAGGUUGAACUUGAUCUACGAUUGUUGGGAAAAGGAAGCAAUACAGACACGAGAAGGAGGGCUCAGCCUUGCUGGGAACUUUCUUUUGUGUUUACAUCAUUCCAGAGGCUUCAUUCGGGGUAUCUGUGCUCUGACUGCAAUUUUUCUUUUUUUUGCAAAUGCCACUCAACUGCCUUCAUAAGCGUCCAUAGGAUAUCUGAAGAACAUUCACCAAAAAUAAACCAUAGACACGAACAACCCUCCAGUACCCCAUUAAAGACGCAUCACCUAGUUAACCUGCUGCAGUUUUUACAUAAUAGACUUUGUUCCAGAUUGACAAGUCAUCUUUUAGUUAUUUCCUCUGUCACUUCAAAACUCUAGCUUGCCCGAUAAGGAUUUAGAACCAGAGUGAUUGAUAUAUAUAUAUAUUUUUAAUUCAAAGUUACAUACAUACAGCUACCAUUUUAUAUGAAAAAAACUUAUUUCUUCCUGGAACUCACCUUUUAUAUAAUGUUUUAUAUAUAUAUAUAUUUUUUUUUUCCUCUCAAAUCAGACGAUGAGACUAGAAGGAGAAAUACUUUCUGUCUCAUUAAAAUUAAUAAAUUAUUGGUCUUUACAAGACUUGGAUACAUUACAGCAGACAUGGAAAUAUAAUUUUAAAAAAUUCCUCUCCAACCUCCUUCAAAUUCAGUAACCACUGUUAUAUUACCUUCUCCAGGAACCCUGCAGUGGGGAAGGCUGCGAUAUUAGAUUUUCUUGUAUGCAAAAUUUUUGUUGAAAGCUGUGCUCAGAGGAGGUGAGAGGAAAGGAAGGAGAAAACUGCAUCAUAGUUUUACAGAAUUGAAUCUAGAGUCUUCUCCUAAAAGUCCAGAAACUUCUCUGCAGUAUCUGAGCUGUCCGUCCAGUCUAAGGUGGCUGCUUCUUCCCUAGCCAUGAGUCAGUCUGUGCCCAUGAAUAAUACAAGACUUGUUAUUUCCAUGACUGGUGUACUGUAUUUUUAAGGUCAAUAUACUGUACAUUUGAUAAUAAAAUAAUAUUCUCCCAAAAA